AUGGGCGAGGCGAGCGCGCCUGCAGUUGUCACAACAUCAUCUCCUGUGGUGACGUCCCCCGGUGUUUCGCCUGCGUUCGCAUUGAGUAGUAGUCGCACUGGUCGGAAUUUACGUAAAAAGAUGGUGGACGAGCUCAAGAACGUCAAGCUACGUAGAAGUCCAGCACAUAAGGAAAAGCACUCAACACGUGGCACUCCACCGGUGCUCGAGCUUAAUGAGAGCGCGGACGACGAGGAGGAAGAUGUGGUGCAGGAUCCGCAUGCAAUUGGAAAAGGAAAGGGCUGCAACAUCUGCGAACGGUCAUUUACCGUGUUUCGGGCAAAGCACACAUGCAAAAUGUGUGCGCAAAAGAUUUGUGAUGACUGCAGUAAGAAUCGAAUGAAACUGAACCGUCGUUUAGAGCGCAAACGAGGUUCGAGACUUUGUGAUCCGUGCGCGAAGAGCUAUUUGCAUAUAGAUACUGGAAGUGGCGAUGACACGGCACUUCCAGAUGUAUCUCCAGCACUUCCAUCGGUGCAUUGUGACGAUGUACUCACGCAAAACGGGGAAGUUACGAAUAAGCUGUCGCGUCAACACUCGGUGCCAUCGAGGACGCUAACGUCGCUGAUCCACACUAAGGACAAACUUUCGGAUCCGGACGUCGUCUUGUCUACGAAGCAGUAUCGAUUUUCACAGUCAAAAGCGAAUGAGCGGGUCUUGCACGUCUCGCAUCUCCGAAUGCGUCACUGGUUGUCACUUGGAAUCGUUGCAGUGCUGGUGACGUUACGUGUCAUCCACUACAAUUGCAGCGUUGACGUAAAUAGAAGUGCUGUAGCUUCCGAUACUGGUCUAGCUGCACCGACUUAUUCUUUUGUGGAGCAUGCUUUGGAUGAGCUGCUUUCAAUGCGUACAUUGGGUACGUACUUGCUGGGUCUUAUUCUUUUUGAUGAGCUGUCGCGUCCUAAGAGCAGCAAGAUGGGCUCAAAGCAGCGGCGUAAGGCCAAGCGGCGUCGUUCUAGUAUCGAGCAUUUACAUAACACCAAACCUAUUUUGUCGGAACUAUCUGUUGCGAAUCAGCGUGAUGCGGUCGAGUCUUCCGCUCCGUCGUCACCUCACACGUCCCAGGACGACGAUCUAGAGGUGACGUUGAUUGAAUCGAAUCAAGAGGAUGAGAUAUUUACUCUCGAGAAGCUUGUUUUAUCACUGGAAGAAGGUGCCCGAACGCGUGCUCCUGAUGGCAACUUGGGCCUUGGUUGCUUCAUGGCAACGUGCAACGUCAUUUGUGGAUUUCUUGGCGUUUUUGGCCGUGCCACUUCAUUUGCCGGUAGUACUGUUGGUGCCUACUUUACGGCUAUCGAGCACAAUACAGAGGCAUGGUCUGUGCCUGCGUCGUCUGACACAUGGAAGCAACAGAGUGUCAAAGCAGUUGUUGACCACGAAGUGAGCCUUGGCGUCGCAGAUGUGGGUGGCAAAAAGAAGCCAUCGUGCUCACGCUGUCUGUUGCGAUUGCUGUGGUUCGUUCAGUUUGUAGAGGCUUGUAUCCGUCUCACCUUGCUUGAAUCUACAGACGAGGACUGUUACAAUGGGGCUAGUAAAGCUUACGAGGAAACCCUUGGCAAACGUCACCCUUGGCUUGUGCGUAAAGGCGUAAAUACGGCACUAGGCUCGAUACCCACGCGUAGUCACAUUUUGAGUGAGCUUCAUGUUGGCGAAGGCGAUGCGAUGGAAAUUUUGGCUCAAGUGCAUUCUGAUUUGUGCACAUCACAAACUACUUGCAUUACCAUUUGUACUUUUGUGCAACUCUUUGGACCUGCUUUGCGCUAUUACGAAAUUCUACGUACUGGAAGUUGGGAAGAGGGGGAAGGUGUGACCGGCAUAGAAGUUCAAAAUUCGUCUAUCCGACCAUAA